AUGACGGGCAUCUUUUCCCUCCUUGUCCGCGGGUUAAGCGGUCAUGAUAUCGAGAGGCAAGCAAAUGACCAAGAGGAGGAGUAUGCCGAACCAGAAAUCAACCUCCAGAUCCCCGAGCGCGCCAGACUGGCCCACAUCCUGGGCAACCAACCAGCUGACUGCUCUCACGACAAACUAAUGGAGCUUUGGAUUGAGGCUAUCGAUCUGAUGGUCGCACUUUGUGAGAAGAGAGAGACGGUCAGGCGCAACCGCAUCCGCACCCGUCCUCAACCCAAGCCUUUCCCACUACUCCUCGAUCCGAAUCAGUGUCCUAAUUGCGUCGGCGACGAGAGGCUCCCUCUAGAAGAACGAACGUUCAAGUACUGUCGGCCGACAGUCAGAAACGAUCACUUUGACAACCAGCAUCUAGUACGACGGGAUGCACUAUAUCACCAACAAGACCAACAAGAGAUGGAAAAGGGCACUGUGGUAUCGUCGAAGGACGUAGUUCUGAUAACCAACAGCUUCAAGCACUAA